AUGCAGGACGAACAGCUCCAACAUUCGUCUCCUUCAUAUAGGUCGUUUAUACCUCCCAGUCAAGACGCACGGUCUAUACCGCUUGAUCCAGUACCUCCUCUUCAUGCUGGCCGUGUCUCUUCGUGUCCACUCCACAUUCUAGUGAUAGGAUGUGGCCUCGGUGGUUUAUCUGCUGCUCACACACUUGCUGCUGCUCAUCAUAAGGUGACCCUUCUUGAAGCAGCAUCAGCCAUUGGCGAAGUGGGGGCAGGUAUACAAGUGUCGCCGAACGCCACACGUCUUCUCAUCCGUUGGGGUCUUGGGACCGCUCUAAAUUCGUGUGGUGUCAAGCCACAGGCUGUGGUCUUCCGACGAUACGAGAGUGGCGAGCGCGUUGGCUACACACGAUGGGGGGAUUCGAUGGACGAGAGCUACGGUGCUCCCUACUUGCAUGUUCAUAGGGCGGAUUACCACGCCAUGCUUCUCAGGCUCACCACGUCCUCCGGCCGUGUGAAGCUCCGUCUGGGGUGUACCGUCGUCGAUUGCAACCCGGAUCCGUCUGCAUUAAGCGUAACACUGCAGACGGGAGAGAUCAUCAGAGAUAUUGAUCUGAUUAUUGGGGCAGACGGGGUCAAGAGUUUGAUUCAAGGCGUCGUGACAGGGAAGAAAUCUGACCCAAGGCCCACUGGGGAUGCAGCAUAUAGAGCGAUUAUACCCUGCGACGUUCUUCGAAGCGACCCAGAGUUGAGGCCGUUUGUUGAGACCCCCGAAAUGACUGCUUGGAUGGCACCUCAAAGGCAUCUCAUGGCGUACUGCAUUAGAGGUAAAGAAGAAUAUAACCUUGUCCUUCUGCACCCAGAUGACGGCUCCGUCGAGUCCUGGAAUGAAGAAGGUAGUGCAGACGUAAUGAGGGCUGACUUUUCCGAUUUUGAACCGAGAGUCCAAAAACUUCUCUCCCAUGUACAGUCGACGCUUAAAUGGCGCCUCAUGGACCGUCAAGCGCUGGACACCUGGGUACAUCCUCAAGGCAGAGUGGCUCUUCUAGGAGAUUCCUGCCACCCAAUGCUCCCUUACCGGGCACAAGGGGCCGCUAUGGCUAUCGAGGACGCCGCUGUUCUCGGCUCCCUGUUCUCACACCUGUCCUCCGUGGCGCAAAUACCAACCCUUCUGAAAGCGUAUGAAGACAUCCGACUUCCCCGCACAUCCGAAGCUCAGCAGGCUUCACGUCUCAACCAGUGGAUCUUUCAUCUUCCAGAUGGACCAGAACAACAAGCUCGAGAUGACGCAAUGCGGAAAGCCAUGGCGCGAGAACUUAGUAUCCCAUCCACCCACAUACCAACACAGACAGUGAUCCAGGAGGCCGACGGUGCCGAAGCAGAAAAUCCAAACUCGUGGGCCGAUAGGUCGAAAAGUCUGAGAUCUUUCGGGUAUGACGCAGAAGCUGAGGUAGAUAUAUGGUGGGAUAGAUUUGGUGACGAGGUAGAAAAGAUCGGAAAGGAGCUCAAGGAUCAGGGCACAAAAACUCAAAGAGCGAUGCUUUGA